AUGGCCUCUGACGAUGAAGAAUACUUUCUCCCACCGGAGCAGCAGCGCCCCUUCAGCUCUGGCAUCCGCCGGAAACGCGUGCAGUUCGUGCGCUCCUCCGAUCUGGACACCACAACUGCGGCAACGCCGUCAUCUUCUUCCUCCGCCACCAGCAUCGCAGACAGAUACCUCUCUAUUGUGAUGAAACAAGCAGCCCCAGGUACAUCGCCAAGUACUCCAAUUCAGAGAGCACCUUCACCACCUAUCCGCACUCAAUCUGCGCCCCCAAUUGCGGACGCAAUCUCUCAUCCCGUGCCAGCACCAUCACCAGACCAGAUCCUCGACUAUUGUGAAAUAUGCAACAUCCCUAUUGCACCGCCAACCCCAGCAGACUCAACUACACCAACAGAUCAAAAACCUCGUCCCCACGAAGCCUCUCUCGCGCACCAAGUCUGCCUCAAACACUCCCACCCACCCUCGCAUCUCGACCGCACACGUGCUGGUCUCCGCUACCUCUCUACCUAUGGCUGGGAUCCGGAUAGUCGGCUUGGGAUUGGCGCAGCGGGCCGCGAGGGUAUUCGCGAGCCAAUCAAACCCCGCGUCAAGAAUGAUACUGCUGGUCUAGGAACUGGGCUUGAUCGAGAUGGAGAUGCGCUGCCGCCUAAACCGCCGCCAAUGAAGGUGCAGAAGCUUAAUGCUAAGCAGACGCGCAAGAAGAUUGCGGAUGACAAGAAGAGGGCAGAGAGGAUGAGGAAGACUUUUUAUCAGAAUGAUGAGGUUUUAAAGUAUCUUGGGGAAGGCGCAUAG